GCCUCGUUGCGGGUCACUAACGCAAGUGCGUCACUCGCUUCAUCUGAUAACGGCAACAGAUAUCUGCCACCUUCCCCUCGCGAUGAAAGCUUUGCCCUCCCCCUUCGCAACGCAUUACCCGCCUGGCCGUAGCUCUCAAGGCGAAGUGCUACGUUAACAAGCUGCAGGAAGACCAUACCUGGGAAGUCAGAGUCUCCGGCUCUUAUACCAAAGUGUUUGUGAUGGAAAACUUCGCUAUUUUGGACUGGGUGCUCCUCGCAGUCUUCCUCUGCGUCCUGCUUUACUUGUAUGCUGCGAGGAACAGGAAUUACUGGAAAACGCAAAAUGUCCCGCAUGAACCAUUCUCCUUGAACCUUGGACCUGCAAUGCGUCGUUUGUUCAAGCCUAUUGCCCUUAUCGACUACGAAAGAUGUCGAAAACUUGGAAGACUGUUCGGCAUCUACGAAGGUGGCAAGCCGACACUGGUGGUUGCGGAGCCGGAUUUGAUAAAGCAGGUUCUCGUAAAAGACUUCGCCUCGGUUUCCGAUAGACAGCACGUGCACUUCUUUGACCCCAUUGUGGACAACAUGAUGGGUGCGGUGUCUGGAGAUCAGUGGAAGAAGAUUCGAACUGCGUCCAGUCCGGCCUUUACAACCGGCAAGCUUCGUAAGAUGAACAACUUGUUACUUGGUUGCGUAAAAAACACGUCAAAACACCUGAGACAGGCAGCCGACGAAAAGAAAGAUGUGGACAUAAAGCAGUUUUUCGGCGAUUAUGGGCUGGAUGUCAUUGCCAGAUGCGCCUUCGGCACAAAACUGGAUUCGCAUUCAGACUCGUCCAAUGAAUUUGUCACGAACGCUAACAAAGCUUUUGCGGGUGACUUGACACUUCGACUAGCGAUAUCAAAGUUAUUUCCCAGCUUGGCAUCCGUCCUGAAGAUAGGACCUUUCAACUCAGCCAUCUUCCAGUAUUUCAAGAAAUUUUCAAUGAACAUAAUUGAAAACCGGGAAAGGAACCACCAACGGCACGAGGACUUCCUUCAACUCAUGAUGGACGCUCAGAAGGGCACACUCACGCAAUCACCUGAUACCUCAGCGGACAGGGAAGCCGCCAUGUUCGAUCUCGAUUCGAAAAUGAGCCCCGGCAGCAAUCCAGCUCGCAGUGUGCUGAAUGAAGACGAGGCCUUGGCGCAGUGUGUGCUCUUUCUUCUCGCCGCCUACGAUGCCUUCUCGACUGUGCUUUCCUGCGCCGCUUACCACCUGGCCCUGGAUCCGGCCAUCCAAGCCAAGCUGCGCAGCGAAGCCGACGAAUGUUUCGCCACUCACGGAGAGGAUCUGAACUGGGAUGUCGUCAGCAAACUGCCUUAUCUGAAUUGCGUCAUUUCGGAGACAAUGAGACUGUAUGUGCCUGGAUUCAGACUAGACAGGGCCACGGUCGAGGACUACGUGCUCGGAGAUACAAAAGUCAAAGUGCCCAAGGGCUGCGCCAUUAUCGUCCCAGUCUACGCUUUGCAUCGUGACCCAGAAUUUUUCCCCAACCCUGAGGUCUUCAACCCUGACAGGUUCAGUGAUGCGAACCUUGGCUGCAUUAAGCCGUACUCAUACCUACCUUUCGGGGCUGGGCCCCGCAACUGCAUUGGCAUGCGCUUUGGAUUGCAAGUCGUCAAGUUUGGACUUCUGUACGCUGUUCAUGCUGUGGAGUUUGUGCGCACGGAGAAAACAAAGACUACUGGGAAAAACAAAACGUUACCACAUGAGAAGUUGUCGCUGAUUAUCCGUCCGCUGUACAAAAUACUGACAAAGCCGAUAUGCUUGGCGGACCAUGAGAGGUGCCGGAAAUAUGGGCGACUGUUCGGAUUCUUCGAAGGAACCAAGCCAGCCCUAAUGGUUGCGGAGCCGGAACUGGUGAAGCAAGUACUCGUCAAGGAUUUCAAUUUGUUACCCAACAGACUGGAAAUGAAUUUUGGAGACCCUAUAAUCAACAAUAUGAUGGUCUUUGCCCGCGUGGAUCGCUGGAGAAAAAUACGACCGGCGUCUAGUCCAGCGUUUACCACUGGUAAACUGCGAAAGAUGCACGAGUUGAUCCAAGAUUGCGUGAAGAUCACCUGCGACCACCUCAGUGCCGCCGCAGAAGAGGAGAGGGACGCCGACAUGAAAAAAUUCUACGGACAUUACGCAGUUGAUGUUAUCGCUCGAUGCGCCUUCGGAACCAAGCUCGAUUCGCAAGCUGACACGACUCAUCAGUUUGUGCAGGCCUCUCAGAAGGCAUUCACAAUGUAUUUCACUCCUACACAGCUGCUAUCAAUGCUGUUGCCAGGUCUGCUAAAGGCUCUCAAGAUUACUGUGAAGACUGGCGUGCGCUACACUUACUUCAGGGAGUUGUUUCAGCGAAUAAUGAAUGAAAGAAAGGAAAAGAAUCAGCGCAUAGAAGACUUUCUGCAACUCAUGAUAGAAGCCAAAGAAGGUCGCUUCACAACAGCAGCAGCAAGUUCAACCGACGCAGAGAGCAAGCUGUUUGAUAUGGGAUCCGAAACGAAGUCGGAAGCGAAGUCGUUGUCGAACGCUCUCACCGAAGAUGAAGCCUUGGCGCAAUGCUUGGUGUUUUUCCUUGCCGGACAAGACACAACCUCCUCAACUCUGGCCGGUGCCGCCUACUACCUGGCGCUGAACCCCGAGGUACAGGAACGGCUCAGGAAAGAAGCCGACGAAUGUUUCGAGACCCAUGGUCCCGAACCAAGCAUUGACGUCAUUUCCAAGUUGAAGUACCUGCAAUGUGUCGUGUCAGAAACGCUGCGGAUGCUCCCCGCCGUGCCAAGAACUCAGCGGUGCGCUGCCAAAGACUACGUCUUAGGCGAUACAGGGAUCAAGCUUCCCAAAGGGUCUCCCGUGGUCGUGCCAAUCUACGCCAUGCACCACGACCCGGAGGUGUUUCCAGAACCCGAACAAUUCAGUCCAGAUAGGUUUAACGAUGAGAAUGUAGAAUCUAUCCGACCUUACACGUACCUUCCUUUUGGGGCCGGACCGAGGAACUGCAUCGGCAUGCGCUUGGCUUUGCAGUCAAUCAAGCUCUGCCUCCUACAUUCUGUGCACAAGGUUCGCUUUGUGCCCACGGAAGAGACAAAGGUUCCUUUGCAGAUCAGAUCAAGCCUUGGCACCCUGAGGAUCGAUGGCACUGUUGAUCAUUCUGAACCGUCAAGUGAUUUUUAUCAAGGGAUUGUAGCGAUGGCGCUCUUCGGUGUAGCCGAUUGGAUUGUCCUUGCUGCGACGAUCUGCGCAACUCUCUAUUUCUACCUGACAAGGCACAGGAACUACUGGAAAAAUCAAAAUGUGCCGUAUGAAACACUGUCACUUAUCCUUCGUCCUUUGUACCGCACUUUCAUAAAGCCUGUAGACUUGCCCGAUCAAGACAGGUACCAAAAGUAUGGGCGACUAUCUGGGUUCUUUGAAGCUGCAAAGCCUAGUUUGAUAGUUGCAGAGCCAGAACUGGUGAAGCAGGUACUCGUCAAGGACUUCAACUUGUUGCCGAACAGAAUGGAAAUUGACUUUGGGGAUUCUGUAGUCAACAACAUGAUGGUCAUGGCACACGUGGAACGCUGGAGAAAGAUACGGCCGGCAUGUAGCCCGGCAUUCACGACCGGUAAGCUUCGAAAGAUGCAUCAUUUAAUCGAGGGGUGCGUAAAGGUUACCUGCAACCACCUGGAAGCUGCUGCAGAAAAUAGCAAGGAUGCUGACAUGAAGCAAGUCUAUAGCCACUAUGCCUUGGACGUUAUAGCUCGUUGUGCAUUUGGCACCAUAGUGGAUUCUCACACCGACACGGCCAAUCAGUUUGUCAUGGCAGCCCAGAACGCUUUGGGGAUGGGUUUUUCACCCCUGCAGAUCUUGUCAAUGUUGUUCCCUGGUCUUCUGAAGACCCUCAGAAUUAAGGAAAAAACUGCUGCACCAUUCAUGUAUUUCAAGAGACUGUUUCAGCAAAUCAUGGAUGAAAGGAAACAGAAGAACAAGCGUACUGAAGACUUUCUGCAGCUCAUGAUAGAUGCUAAGGAAGGCCACUUCACUGCAACAACCGAAAAUUCAACUGAUGUGGAAAGCCAGCUGUUCAACAUGGGAUCAGAAGUAAAAGGAGAAGUAAAGAUACUAAAUGCACUCACAGAAGACGAGGCACUGGCACAGUGUGUGGUUUUUUUCCUUGCUGGGCAAGACACAACUUCUUCAACACUGGCUGCAGCCGCUUACUAUCUUGCACUGAACCCUGAUGUGCAGGAGAAGCUCAGAACAGAAGCAGAUGAGUGCUUUGCAACCUAUGGCCCAGAACCAAGCCUCGACACCAUUUCUAAACUCAACUAUUUGCACUGUGUUGUGUCAGAGACGUUACGGAUGCUCCCACCUGUGCCAAGGACUCAGCGAUGUGCCCUUGAUGACUAUGUCUUAGGUGGCACUGGGAUCAAGCUUCCUAAAGGUUCUGCUGCUGUCAUUCCCAUCUAUGCCAUGCACCAUGACCCAGAAUACUUCCCAGAACCUGAGCUCUUCAAUCCAGACAGGUUUAGCAAAGAAAAUGUAGGAUCAAUCCGGCCAUACACCUACCUUCCUUUCGGUGCUGGACCAAGAAACUGCAUUGGGAUGCGCCUCGCAUUGCUAUCAAUCAAGCUGUGCCUCCUUCGCUCAGUGUACAGAGUCCAAUUUGUGCGCACAGAAGACACGAAGGUUCCUUUGCUGAUCAAAGAUGGACUACGUGGCACAUUGAAUGUUGAGGGAACUGUUGUCGGUUUACAAAGAAGGUCAAGCACAUAAUUACAAUAUUUUGCAAAGCCACCUAAAGCUAGAAGACAGCUUUGCAACUGAUGGCAGCAAAACCCUUGGAUUUUGUCUUGUAUGCCAUUGUAGUAGCUCUGGCAAAGAAUGCAUGUGCACAGAAGACAUCCCACAGAAAGCUGUAUAGUGACGUAAUGCAAAACUGGUUCAAAUUUCAAGUAACAAAUUUUCAUUUUGACUCCAUCCUCUACUCAAGGAAUUUGCAGUGCCAUUUCCCCAACUUUUCUUCUUUGCACACGCAGAACAGAGCGCAAGCCUCCACUAUUGAAGAACUACUAUUAAAUGAUGAUCCACAAACACA